AUGACUGAAGAAGAAGUAGAAACCAGCAUAGCUGACGAAGUUCUUGAAUCCUCGACAGAACCUAAAUCCGAAGAGAAAGGUUAUCUUGCUCGCGAUGAAUAUACAUCCGAGCGGUUUAAACUCGAAAUCAAUAAUCUUCCUAAAUAUUUCGGUUUUGGUGAUUUGAAGAAAAGAUUGAAGCUUCUCGGCGUUGAUUUUGUUAAAAUCAAAGUACCGAAAGGAGCUACACACGCCUAUGUCAAUUUUCGAAAUGAAGAAGAGCGAGAGAAAGGCCUGAAACUACUAACUGGAUGGACUUUUCGAGGCAACCGAGUUGAAGUUACACAUGCGAAACCAGCAACUGACAUUAUGUUUCGUCAGAACAAAUCAAAGAAAAAUGAUAACAAACGUGAUCGGCAAGCAGACAAUGAUCACGAUCCGAACGCACCUGAUGAAGUCAAAAUCCAAAAUUCUGCUACACCGCUAUGGAAUCUAACAUAUGAAGAACAACUAGCGAAGAAAUCAACAAUUGUGCAAGAGUAUUUGAAAGGACUCGAACAAAAAAUCAAAGAAACAAAUUCAAAAGAUAUUACCAUUCCAUUCGAAGGAGUUAAACCAUCGCCCAUUGUCGAUGGCUAUCGAACUAAAUGUGAAUUCUCAUGUGGAAAGGGCAAUAAUGAUGAAGAGAAGAUCGUCGGUUUCCGUUAUGGGGAAUAUCGUUCUGGAAUCGAUCGAGUAGGAAGUCCAAGUGUAUGUAAAAAUGUUUCCGAUGAAAUGAAACUCGUUGUUCAACAUUUUCAAGACUUCAUUCGAUCUCGGUCAUCGCCAUGGUAUUCUGCUGAAACACAUCUCGGUUGUUGGAGACAAUUAACAGUACGAACAAGUCGUCUGAAUUAUAUAUUGAUGAUGAUUUCGUUUUGUCAAGGACAAUUGGCAGCAGACGAAAUCGAAGGAGAAAAGAAAGAGCUACUCAAAUAUUUCACAGCAGGUUCAGGAAGUGUUUGCAAAGUGACAAAUAUCAUAUUUAACGUGGAGAAAAAUAAAGCUGGUAAUGAACUCGUUCAAAGUGAAAUUUUGCUGGGCGAUUCGUUUAUCGUCGAGAAGUUAUUCGAUUUGCAAUUUCAUGUAUCAGCCAAAGCAUUUUUUCAAGCGAACACGCAAGGUGCUGAAGUACUCUACUCACUAGUGAAAGAUUCAAUGAAAUUAGAUCAGGAUACUGUUCUUCUCGAUAUCUGUUGUGGAACAGGUACGAUUGGUAUCACACUGGCGAAUAAUGUCAAGCACGUUAUUGGCAUUGAAAUGAUCAAGGACGCGGUUGAAGAUGCGAAGCGUAAUGCACAAUUGAAUAAUAUCAAUAAUAUUGAAUUUAUUGCUGAUAAAAUCGAAAAUGUCAUUCAUAAAUUGGUCACCAAAUACAAUCAACAACGGCUGGUUGCUAUUCUUGAUCCUCCUCGUGCCGGUGUCCAUCGAAAAGUAAUUCAGAUACUUCGUUCAGCUGAAAAUAUCAAAGUGUUGGGCUACAUUGCUUGUAAUCCGCACUUAGCAACGCAUAACUUCGUCGAUCUGACUCGUCCGCGUUCAAGAGCGUAUCAGGGCGAACCAUUCGUAGCAGUAACGUCAACAGCUGUUGACUUAUUUCCACAUACGCCACACUACGAAUUGUUCGUGCUAUUUCAACGAUGA